AUGCCGAUCAGCUUCAACUUUGGUCCUGAAAAUGACCCAGAGCUCCUGGCACAGAGACCGAAGACACCGGUCACUCUGCUGGCAGGAUUUUUGGGGGCUGGGAAGACAACGCUACUGACACACUUGUUGGACAACAAGCACGGCCUCCGCAUAGGAGUUGUGGUGAACGACCUGGCCUCAGUGAACAUCGAUUCACAGCUGCUGCGCCAUGACCAUGGCCAGCAUGGCCAGGUGGAGGUGGCGGAGCUUCAGAAUGGCUGUGUUUGCUGUUCCUCUGCGGAGGAUCUCUUUUCCGCGGUCCAGACCCUUGUGAUGCGAUCAAAGGACCAUCCCUUCGAACACAUUUUGGUGGAGCUCAGUGGCGUGGGGGACCCACAGGCCAUUCGAGACAACUGGGCCCUGGCCAUGGAGUGUCAGCUUCCUGCAGCACUCCUAACGUGCCUGGCGAGGGUCAUCACGGUGGUGGAUGCCAGCAGCUUUGCCCAUGACUGGCAGGACACCAGGAAGGCCUUGCUGCGGAACGAAGCGGUAGUUCAUGACUCCAGGCAACAUCCAGGCCGAAGUCAAGAGAUGGUGGGUCAGCUGCUGGCCAACCAGGUUGAGCUGGCAGAUGUUUUGAUUGUGAACAAGUGCGACCUUGCAAGUGACAACGAGCCCCAGAGCACCCUGCAUGUGUUGCAGGCUCUCAAUGGAACAGCGGAAAUAUGCCAGACCCACUUCGGCCGCGCGCCGGCAGAACGCCUGCUGCCGCUGGUGCCCUUCGGGCUGCGGCCCCAGGAAGCUGGAUGCGAAAAAGGUUACAGCUGGACUCAAACGGCACGCGAAAUUCAGAUCCGAAUGCCCAUCGAAGAGCAUGUCAAGGGAAAGGACAUCGAAUGUGUGGUCAGGAAACGGGCCUCGACGCUGGGCUUGAAGUGUCGGGAGGUUGUCGCUGGAACUCUAGCAGGAGAAGUGUGUGGUGACGCCAUCUUUGAGAUCGAAGGAUGCCCAGAGAGACAGGUUCUGCUAUGCUUGGAGAAAAAGGAGCCAGGCAUGUGGAAUCACCUUUGGAAGCAAAGUGCACCUUCUUGUGGUCAUCAGCACUGCAAUGGCCACUGCUUGGAAGAGAAACUGAGGAGAGCCGACGAGGUGAAGCCCAAAUUUCAAAGUUUCACCUUCGAAAGACGUCGACCAUUUAGUUCCAAGCGGCUCCAGCGACUCUUGGAACAGUGGCAGGACGCGCUGUCCUCCGACUGUGAGGUUCUAGACAUGGGAUGUUGCGCACUCAAAGCAGUGCUGCGGUCCAAAGGCUUCGCGUGGUGCGACGGCGAGCAGGUGCUGCAUAAGCACCGAUGGCAAUCGGCGGGGCGCUGCAUCAGCUGCUGCAGCGAGGACUACUGGUGGCACCAUCUAAGCGAAGAGCAACGACGCUUUCGAUGCGGAAAUCCAGGAGCUGAGACCGAGUAUCGAGAACUGCAGAAGAAAUGGCAUGUGGACUGGGGAGAUUGCAGGCUAGAGCUGGUCUUCAUUGGGGCUGAAAUGGACCAGAAAACCAUCGUCGAACUAUUGGAAAACUGUUUGUUGACCACUAGCGAGUUCGAGGAGUUCAAAGAAAAAACUUCUCGGAUGAAGGUCCCAAGGAGCGAAUUCAGCAUUGGAAAACUCUUUGGGAAACUCGAAGACAAUGCCCAGGUUUCGGCUGAAGAUGCUGAUACUCAGCUCCUGAGGUCUUUGGGUGUUGGUUGCAGUCUCAGAGAAGCCGCCGAAUUCGAGGCAGUUGACUGAGAUUUG